GGAAGUGAUAACUUUGGUAACGAACUAUAAACUGUUUCGUCUCCGCACAUUUGUGUGUUUCAAUCGCUGCCACCAAAAAUAGCUCCAAUGGCAGCAAAGCUUCUGCUCUCUCCUCUCUCUCUUCCUUCCAGUUUCCUCAGUAGCCGAGAAUUUCAGCACCACCAUCGUCAUCUAUGUCUCCGAACAAAACCCAAAACCCGUUUCACCGUUCACGCAUUUACCGAUGUCCUCUUCACUGCUGCUACUACUUCCGCUCCUCUACUUGUCCUUGACCAAUUUCAAGAAAACCCAUCAUCUCUCUUUUCAAUAGCAGCAGCAGAUUCUGGUUAUUCAGUAGCUAGCUACUACACUUCACUCGGUCUCUUUGUCAUUUCUAUUCCUGGUCUUUGGUCCCUUAUUAAACGAUCUGUCAAAUCCAAGAUAGUGCAGAAGACAUUUCUUAAGGAAGGUAUAGAGGAGGGGAAGAAGGCAGCUAACCAGGUUGCUGGCGAAAUUCUUUCAUUCUUCACUCGAAAUAACUUUGCUGUGUUGGAUAGAGGAGAGACUAUUACGUUUGAGGGAAUGAUGGUUCCAAGCCGAGGACAAGCAGCAUUGUUAACUUUCUGCACCUGCAUAAGCUUGGGAAGUGUUGCCCUUGUUCUCACUAUAACAGUUCCUGAUGUAGGCAAUAAUUGGUUCUGGAUCACUGCCUUAAGUCCGUUAGCGGGCAUAUAUUAUUGGACUCGAGCAUCCAGAAAGGAGCAGAUCAAGGUGAAAAUGAUGGUAGGAGAUGAUGGAAGCUUGUCAGAGAUCGUUGUUCAAGGUGAUGACCAAGAAGUAGAGAAAAUGCGGAAGGAGCUACAGCUGAGUGAAAAAGGCAUGGUUUAUGUUAAGGGCUUACUUGAAAGAUGAUAUUACUUGGUUUUCUUGUAAGAUAUGUAUACCUGAAACAUACUCCAUGAUGCUUGGUCAAUAACACUUUGAUGCUCAUUCUUCAUUCUUA